CGCGCUCUGUGCGUGACUCAUCAGAUUUAAGCAGCAUCAGCUGUGCGCGUGAACCCGAAAAGAGAGAGGUGGGAUUUCCCGCCGCAGCUCACGGUUCGCCACCUGAGCUCUGCCCGUCCCCCCUGAUCGCUCCAGCAUGGCCUCCGCCACCUCCACCCCCGCCGCGCGCGGCGGCCGCCGAGGCGCCUGCAGCCCCAGCCCGGGCCAGCCGCCCCGCGUCCAGGAGCGGGGGGAACUGCGGCACCUCAACGACCGCCUGGCCAACUACAUCCAGCGGGUCCAGGAGCUGGAGCAGGAGAAGGGCGCCAUGCUGCUGCGGCUGCAGGAGCAGGAGGAGGCCACCGCCCGGGAGACGCGCGGCGUGCGGCGGCUGUACGAGGAGGAGCUGGCCGACGUCCGCCGCGCGCUGGACGAGCUGGCGGCGGAGCGGGCCCGCCUGCAGAUAGAGCAGGGAAACCAGCGCGAGGACAUCCUGAAGCUGCAGAGCAGGAACCAGAAGAAGGAGAACGAUCUGGCGGCCGCCGUGACUCAGAGGAGGAAAGUGGAGGCCGUCCUGAGCUCCAAGGAGGCGGAGAACCGGAAACUGCUGUCGGAGAACGGGAGACUCGGCGGCGAGGUGGCCGACCUGCAGGUCCAGCUGGAAAACGCGGAGCGUUUGCUGGCCGAGACGAAGAACCAGCUGAGUUCUGAGAUCCUAAGACGGGUGGAAAUGGAGAACCAGGUCCAAACGCUGAAGGAACAGCUGGAACUCCAGAAGAACAUCAGCAGACAGGAGAUCCUGGAGGUCCGGAGCCGGCAGGAGACCCGUCUGGUGGAGGUGGAGUCGGGACGACGGCGAGAGUUCGAGAGCAAACUGGCGGAGACCAUGCAGCAGCUGCGAGAAGACCACACCCUCCAACUGCAGCAGUACAAGGAGGCCAUGGAGAAGACCUUCAGCACCAAGCUGCAGAACGCCCAGCAGGCCGCCGAGGAGAACGGCGUCUCCGUGUCGACCGCCAGAGAGGAGCUGGAGGCCUCCAGGGAGAAGCUGGAGUCGCUCCGCUCGCAGCUCCAGCAGAACCAGAAAGACAAACUGGUUCUGGAAGAACGGUUCCAGGAGCUGCAGAGGACUCUGGACCAGGAGCGGGACGCCUGGCAGCAGAGGUUGAGUCUGAAGGAGCGGGAGCUGCUGAGCAUGAGAACCCAGAUGAACAGCCAGCUGGAGAACCACCAGAACCUCCUGGAUGUCAAGCUGGCUCUGGACAUGGAGAUCAACGCCUACAGGAAGAUGCUGGAGGUGGAGGAGCAGAGGUUGCAGCUGUCUCCCACCCCCCCCAGGCACACCAGCGUUGCUCGCGUUCAGGAGCACCACCAGCUCCGCGGGAAGAAGAGGAAACACGAAGAAGCCACCAGAAGUUCUCCUGCCUACAAGAUAUGCCGCCGGUCCACGAGGAAAGGAGGCGUGACGGUGGCCGAGGUGGACGUGGGCGGGAAAUACGUUCAAAUCCAGAACAACUCUGACCAGGAGCAGCCGCUCGGUGGUUGGGUCGUUCGCCGCGUCUAUCCACAUUCUGGAGACGUCUCUUUCCAAUUCCCCCCGUCCUGCGUCCUUGCUGGGGGGCAGACCCUCACCAUCUGGUCCUCAGGAGCAGCAGAUGAAGCGGAGCCCGGAGACAUGGUGCUGGAGAACAACGGGUCGUGGGGGGCCGUCGGUGACAUGAGGGUCGUCCUGCUGAACCCCAGCCAUGAGGAGGAGUCCGACUGCCGGGUGAGCGUCCAGACCGGAGACGAGGACGACCUCGACUUUGACGACGUCUUCAUCGCAGGAAGUGACGGCCGGCACUUCCACCGGAAGGAACUCUCCAAGGAGGCCAGCUGUGCCGUCAUGUGAUUUAAAACAAUAAAUCAAAAUUCAAUAAAGUUUUUUAAAAUCUAAA